GCCGCUGCUCUGUUUCUCUCUGUUUCACAUUGCUAGCUUUCAUGGUAUCAGAGCAUCAGUAGUACGAUCUAUGGCUCCUGAUGACUCCCUCUCUUCUGCUCUUUCUAUUUCUCAAGUUGUGACUCUCAAGCUAACAGAGUCCAACUAUCUCUUAUGGAAAACUCAGUUUGAGUCUUUUCUCUCACCGCAAAUGCUUCUGGGAUAUGUCAAUGGUUCUGUUGUUCGUCCUUCAGCAACUCGGUCCGUUAACUCUGAUGAAGGACCCUCUGAAGAACCAAAUCCAGACUUUGCGAAGUGGAUGCGUAAUGACCAGCUUGUCAUGGCUUGGAUCUUCGGCUCUCUGUCAGAACCAGCACUCAGAGUAGUCUACGGGAUGCACUCGGCUCAUGAGGUAUGGAUGGCUCUUGCUAAAAAGUUUAAUAGAGUCUCCACCACUAGAAAGUUCGAUUUGCAAAACCGCUUGAGAGCUUGUGAUAAGUUAGGUCGAACGAUGGAAGAUUAUCUUAGUGAACUUAAGCAAAUUUUUGAUCAGCUUGACUCUAUUGGUUAUCCGAUGAAUGAUUUGGAGAAAAUACAUGGUUUACUGUCUGGUUUGGGCAAAGAUUAUGAGUCUGUUGCUACCGUGAUUGAACACUCCAUGGAUACUGUUCCUGGACCUUGCUAUGAAGAUGUGGUGUUUAAAGUCACUGCUUUUGAUGAUAAACUGAAGAAGUAUGCUUCAGCCUCUAUGGUCACACCACAUCUAGCUUUUCAGGCUGAGAAGAGCUAUUUUGAUAGAGGAGGCUCUAACAAUCGCGGAGGACGAUCUAAUGGUGGAUCCAGAGGACGAGGAAAUUAUUCCACUAGAGGUCGUGGCUUCUCUCAACACAUCAACAAUCAGAACAGCUCUAACAGACAGAACAAAACUGGUGGAGCUCGCCCAACUUGUCAAAUCUGUGGAAAGUAUGGUCAUAGUGCUUUUGAUUGUUACAACCGCUAUAAUGAGGAGUAUGUGCAACCUGAACUACCAACUGCCUUAGCUGCUAUGAGAAUCUCAGAGGGUGAACAACACACUGGUAACGAGUGGCUACCAGAUAGUGGUUCAACAGCUCAUAUUACAAACUCGACAGCAAACUUGCAGCAGGCACAACCAUAUCAAGGGAACGACUCUGUAAUGGUUGGAAAUGGAGAAUUCUUACCAAUUACUCACAUUGGCUCUGUUCCUCUUCAGACUCUCUCAGGACAAGCAUACCAAGCAGCUCCUCACAACAGGAAGCAGGAGUAAGGAUUACUAUGUGUUGAACAACCCUGCAAUCAGUGCCUUCUAUUCCAUGCGACAGCUUGCUACUAGUGAUGAUGUCUGGCAUAACCGUUUGGGGCACCCGAGUGCAGAGAUUCUUCAACACCUCUCCUCAACUGCAGCUAUUUCUGUCAAUAAACAC